UUUAAAUUUAUUAUUGCCGUAACAAUUUUAGCCACACAUUUGACAUUGUAUAUGACGGAGGUUUUCCUUUCUUAGACAGUCGGAUAACUUGGAGAGUUCUGGGCGGCUUGUUAUCUGUGCCCCCACUUUUAACGAGUUUAUGAUAAGUCCUGCUCACCGGUGCCUCGCCAGGAGUGACACUCGGUGCUAAUUUAGGAGCUAAGGCUGAGCCUAAAUCAGCAGCUCUCUGUCUGUUUUUUUUUUUUUUUUUUAAAUAAAGCUUUAUGCCGUGGUGCCGCGUGACGCUUACAGGGCCCUCCUGCCGGCCACGCUUCCUCUGACUCGAGGCUCGGCGCCGCGGCUACUGACGGCCAGUUAGCCGCGCGGCUAACCUGCUGCUGGGCGUUGGUUUAGAAACAAACGCCCCAGAUGUCACGGUGUGUCUUCCUAUCUGUUGACUCUUAGGGAGAGCCGUGAUUUGUGAGACGCCCCGGACCACCCCCCUACCCCCCUUCUCUCGGCAUGGCUGCAGACCUGAUGGAGAUUGACGACUCUCUGUACAGCCGCCAGCGUUAUGUCCUCGGAGACAGCGCCAUGCACCAGAUGGCCCAGUCCUCAGUCUUUCUCAGCGGGAUGGGAGCACUGGGAGUAGAGAUAGCAAAGAACAUAACCCUGGCAGGUGUAAAGUCGGUCACGCUCCACGACACGAAGACAUGCGAGACCUGGGACCUGGGCUGCAACUUCUUCAUCCGCAGCGAGGACGUGUUGAGCCACAGGAGCAGGGUGGAGGCCGUGUGCCCGCGGGUUGCUGACCUAAACCCAUAUGUCCAGGUUGACAUGUCCUCCUUGCCUGUGGAUGACAACACGGAUCUAAGUUUUCUCAGAAAGUACCAAUGUGUGAUUUUGACGGAGGCCAGUUUAAGCCUCCAGAAACGAGUAGAUGCGUUCUGCCACGCACAGCAGCCCCCCAUCAGAUUUAUCUGCUGCGACGUGUAUGGCAUCUGUGCACGCCUCUUCUGUGACUUCGGGGAAGAGUUUGAGGUGUCUGAUCCCACCGGAGAGGAGCCCAAAGAAAUUUUCAUCCAAAGCAUCACUCAGGACAAUCCUGGGAUUGUGACCUGCAUGGACAACCGGCCCCACGGCCUGCAGACAGGCCAGAGGGUUAUCUUCAGAGAGGUCCAGGGGAUGGCCGAGCUCAACGGCACCGUACGACAGAUCACAGUACUUUCCCCUCACAGCUUUGAAAUAGGAGACACGUCACAGCUACAGUCAUAUGCACAUGGAGGCUUCUUUGUGAUGGUGAAAACCCCCAAGACAUACUCUUUCGAAACAUUAGAACGACAGCUACGUGAUCCUCAGGUCCUGACUCCAGACUUCAGUAAACCAGAGGCUCCUCUACAGCUCCACGCUGCCAUGUUGGCACUGGACAGCUUCCAGGUCAAGCACUGCAGACUUCCCAACAUUGGGUGCUUACAGGAUGCUGAGGUUUUACUAAAGCUGACCGAGGAAGUGAAUACAACAAUUUUGAACAAAGCUCCUGUAAACGCCGAGGUGGUGCGCUGUCUGUCUCGGACGGCCAGGGGAACCCUGCCUCCCUUGGCUGCAGCCGUGGGAGGCAUAGCGAGCCAGGAAGUUCUCAAGGCCAUCACAGGGAAGUUUGCACCGCUGCAGCAAUGGUUUUACCUGGACGCCAUCGAGCUGGUCAGGCCUCUUCAGUCCGUCGCCGUUGAGGAGUUUUCCCCUCGAGGCGACCGAUAUGACGCGUUACGCGCCUGCAUCGGGGAACCGAUGUGCCUCGAGCUGCACAAGCUCAGGGUCUUUAUGGUGGGCUGUGGUGCCAUAGGCUGUGAGAUGCUAAAGAACUUCGCCCUCCUCGGUGUGGGCUUGGCAAAGAGCUCUGGAGAGGUUUGCGUCACCGACCCAGACCUCAUAGAAAAGUCCAACCUCAACAGGCAGUUUCUCUUCAGACCCCAUCACAUCCAGAAGCCAAAAAGUAGCACGGCAGCGGGCGCCACUGUCGACAUCAACCCCGAGCUGCAGGUGGACGCCCACCUGAACAAGGUGUGCCCGGCCUCUGAGAACACCUACAGCGACGCCUUCUACUCCUCCGUCAACGUCGUGGUCACCGCGCUGGACAACGUGGAGGCGAGGAGAUACGUGGACAGCCGCUGUGUGUCCAAUCAGAGGCCGCUGUUGGACUCGGGGACCAUGGGAACUAAAGGACACACUGAGAUCAUUGUCCCAAACCUAACAGAGUCCUACAACAGCCACAGGGACCCCCCCGAGGAGGAGAUCCCGUUCUGCACUCUCAAGUCUUUCCCCUCGGUUAUAGAGCACACCAUCCAGUGGGCCAGAGACAAGUUUGAGAGCUCCUUUUCCCACAAGCCCUCCCUGUAUAACUCGUUUUGGCAGACGCACCCUUCAGUGGAUGUAGUGCUGCAGAGGAUGCAGGCCGGGGAAAGCCUGGAGGGAUCCUUUCAGGUCAUUAAGCUGCUGAGCCGACGGCCGAGCCAGUGGAGGCAGUGCAUCGCCAUGGCCCGUCUGAAAUUUGAAAAGUAUUUCAAAAGAAAGGCCCUGCAGCUGCUGCACUCCUUUCCUCUGGAAACCAGGUUAAAGGACGGAAGUUUGUUUUGGCAGUCCCCGAAAAGACCCCCGACACCUAUUGAUUUUGACCUGAAAGACCCGUUGCACUUCACCUUCGUUGUCAGCACUGCACGGCUCUAUGCGGAGACCUAUAAUAUCGCCUUUUCAGAAAAGGAUCUUUCUGAAGACGCUGUGACCAAGAUCCUUUCUGACGUCAAGAUUCCCGAGUACAGACCCUCAGAGAAAUGCAUAGAGACGGACGAGACUGCUAAGAAACCCGACACGACGAAGACGCACCUGAGCAGCGAAGAAGAGCGGGAAGCCAUCGCGCAGCUUGAGGAGGCCAUCGCGGCAGACAAGGUCACACCAGAAGGAUUACAGAUGAGGCCCCUUCAGUUUGAAAAGGACGAUGACCGCAACGGUCACAUAGAUUUCGUCACGUCGGCCUCCUCCAUCCGAGCCAAGAUGUACUCGAUCGAGCCGGCAGACAGACUGAAGACCAAACGCAUCGCUGGGAAGAUCAUCCCCGCUAUCGCUACAGCAACCGCUGCUGUGGCCGGACUGGUGGCUCUGGAGUUGAUCAAGGUGGUUGGUGGCUACAAGUUUGAGGCCUUCAAAAACUGUUUCUUUAACUUGGCCAUCCCAGUCGUCGUGCUCACAGAGCCCGCCCCAGUGAAGCGGACGCCCAUCAGGAACAAUAUAUACUUUUCCAUUUGGGACUGUUGGACCAUCUUCGGUCACGAGGACUUCACGCUCUCUGACUUCAUGAAUGCAGUGAGGGAAAAGUACGGGAUUGAACCAAGCAUGGUGGUCCACGGCGUAAAGAUGCUCUACGUGCCCGUGAUGCCAGGACACUCAAAGCGACUCAAACUGACAAUGCAGAAGCUCAUCAAGCCAUCAGCGGCCCGCCGCUACGUCGACCUCACCGUGUCGUUCGCUCCAGAAUCGGACGGAGACGAGGACCUGGCAGGUCCUCCGGUCAGGUACUACUUCAGCCCGGACGGCGAGGCACCCUGACGGCUCUGGAGGCGUCGCCCUCGAAAACCUACGGUGUCCUUAUUUGUCUUAAUUCAAGCACUCUGUUAUACUCCAACCCCAACCUCCCCCCCCAAACCAAGAACGGAAGCCUGGCAGGGACAAAAUCUUCGCUGCAGGUUUGGAUUCGACUACGGCAAAGCUCCCAGCAAGAAAGCCAGACGUUUUCUUGCUUCACAAAUAGCCAGAGGAAGUUAAAGCUGCUUAAGUAGCACUUAUUGUACCUCUCUGUACAUAUAUUCUGGUUUUUACUCUAAAAUGCACAGCUCUGCCUUUGUUGAUGCCUUAAAUUAUUCAUUUUUUUUUUCUCUCUGAUAACCGAUUUCUUGAUCUGCCUGGCUCUAGAAAGGAGCAACGGUUUGGAUGUUGCCACAGUAAAUGCUCACCGCAUCAUCUCACUGUCUAGAGAUCAUCUGUCAGCCACCGUGUUGUUCAUAGAAACGGAUCACGCCGUUGUACAGUCAAAGGGGUCCAAUAGGCCAGUAAGGUGACCAAAGAUGCUGAUUUAGAAAUGUGUCUCCAGAUGAUUGUUCCUCUCUGGUCUCUUUAACGCAUAAAAACGAAGGUGAUAUCACAGCAACCGUUAAACACAAUGAGCAUCGUCUGCACUUUGAUGUGCUUCGUCACUGGUAGAUGCCUCAGAAAAAUAGAUUUUAUGACAUUGCACUUGAAUCAAAUGAUGCAACUGAUGUGAGGAGCUAGUAACACUGCUAGCAGCCGCUGCUGAUGCCCAUCUGGUUAUUUUCUUUGCUAAUAACCCGCACUGAUGAUGUCCUACACGUCGGCAAGAGAAGCUCAGCAGAUGUUUGUUUCAAAAAGCGGGAAAACAUCUGCGGACGGCCUCGAGAAUGCACUCCCCCGUUUCAAAAAGACACGUUUUGCUAGAAAGCGUUGUUCAUCUUUGUCAAAGUUGUUCAUAGAUGUCUCCAUCUGACCUGUAUUUAUUUACUUGUUGCUCACUUUUGUGUCACACUGGUUUGGUCGUCGGCGACGAGCUGAAACGAGGCUGCCUCAAAGGAUUUGAAAAUGGUCUCUACUGGCGUACAUGAAAAUCAUAUCCAAAUGGUUCUUAGUGGAGGUCAGACUCUGAAAUAUUUUUUUUUUUUUUUGAACAUUGGAGGAUGAAAUGUAAAGUGUUCUGCUUUUAAUGAAAACGCUGACCUGAAAACAGUUAAAACGUUGCAUACUUUCUCAUCAAUCCAUGUAAAAAGGUGUUUUUGUUUAUGUUGCUCUAAACAGCAGACGUCUAUUGGACUUCAUAAGUGUACCACCAAUCUUUUUGUUUGUUGAAAGGAAUAAAUGAUUUAUGUUCUUGUGAAAGCCAGCUCAACCUAUGGUCUAAUAAAACGUGACUUCAGGAUAUAACGGAGAA